CCUCCGUCCUCCUCCCAUCCACUGUUCGCAAAUCAACAUCACUUCCACACCUCAACUCCGUGAGUGCUGCACCACCACUCCGAGUUUUGGUGCAGGACUAUUUGGCGUGAAAGUAUCGUCUCCCGAACGUUUCACACCCCUUCCUGCUUUAUUAGCGCGUUUGUCCUUUCUCAUUCUCAAGCCUUCUCAAACGUGUUUGUUCGCGACACUUCGGCGUUGCAAGCCUCACAUCACAGUAUGGAGCUUGAGAUGAGCGAAGAUCGCCAGCAGAGGGCAUCUACUGUCUCCUCUGGCUCAUUUAACUUAGGCGAUGCCACUGACGACUCCAUUCGCGUUAAGCAUGGCUCGUCCACUCCACCGACAAGCCUGUCUUCAGGGCCGAGCGAUAUUGCCGACGCGAACAAAGACGAGCCGCCACUCGACCAACGCCGUAGCUCACGCGCCCGCCAUAGUGUAGGAUCCUACAAUCUACAAGUUCUCGCUGGCACGAACAUUCACACUCCGCUUCGGUACCUUCGCAUGCAGGCUGAGGCUGCUGAAGCUACUCCUAAGGCCCCAGAAGUACCCCCUCCAGUGCAAGACUACACAAGCACCGACGAUAAAGUUCUAGCGAGUUCGCUUGGUGAUUACUGGAAACUCGACACGUCACCUCGACCGCGUCCUGCCAGCAGUCAAGUCAAUACAGUCAGCACUGACACCUCAGACAAGAAUCUAAGGCGAACUUCCUCGCGUUUGGAUCUUGUGAAGGAAGCGACCACUAAUGCAGUAGCUGCGGCGACGUCAGCAACGUCAAAAACUAUCGGAUCACGCACGAAUGCUGUCCGACCAUCCACGAAGCCUCAAACGCGACCGAGUUUGUCGGAGAAGGCUGACGCAGCACCGCGAACUCCGACAAAGCGUGCUCGUGCAGCGACCACAGAGUCCCCUGCGACCGCGACCGCGGCCACAACCCCGGAACCCACUCCAAAACCUGCCACACAAGCAAAAAAGCAGAAAUAUCGAAUUGUCAGCGAGGGUAUCUACAUAGGGCAACGUGCAGACCCUGAGAAAGACUAUUCAGACAAGAAUGCCCGCGCAAAGAAGUCAAAGGCUGGAGAGACUCCACAGCCUCCGCGCAAAGGCUCCGAUUGGUUUCCUCUUCCCAUGUUCCAUGGCGCAAAAGUCAUUAUGCAAGAAAGGGACUUUAAGUUACCACGGGAAAUUCUCAAUCCACUUCCUCGAGGGGAAAGAGUCGAAGGCUGGAAAAUACUUUCUAAGAACCGUGCUGUCGAUGAUGAUUCCCGCGAAGCCUACCAGAGAUUAUGUACAAGGAAGAAGCAAGAAGCCAUUUCUAUGUGCGAAUGUCAAGAGCUAUGUGAUCCCGAUAGCUGCCUCAACGCGGUUAUGAACUUCGAAUGUGACGACAAGAAUUGCAAGCCAGGUAAAGACAACUGUAACAACAGGCCUUUCGCAGGUCUAGAGGCUCGCGUUUCAACCCAAGGACGAAGGGGCAACAUGUACGAUAUCGGCGUAGAAGUGGUCAAAACUCAAGAUCGCGGAUAUGGUGUGCGCGCAAUGCGCUCUUUCCGACCUGGUCAAAUCAUUAUGGAAUACACCGGAGAAAUGAUCGAUCAGACUGAAUGCGACAGGCGCAUGCGCAAGGAGUACAAAAAUAACGAGUGCUACUAUCUGAUGACGUUUGAUGGCGGCUUGAUCAUUGAUGCCACCAAGGGGUCAAUGGCACGCUUCGUAAAUCAUUCCUGCGACCCCAACUGCGAGAUGAUCAUGUGGUUGGUCCGCGGGAAGCCUCGCAUGGCUCUCUUCGCCAAAGAUGGCCAUAUCCCCGCCGGUCACGAGCUGACUUAUGACUACAAUUUUGAAGCGUUCAGUGAGGGCUGGAAACAAGACUGCAGAUGUGGAGCUGAUAACUGCCGUGGAAUCCUUGGUCCUCGUCCAAGGGACGGUGCUCGUCUUAAAGACAUGGUUACUAAAGUGGCAAAAGUUGCUAAGGGCGUCAAACGGACUGCUCAAGCUGCAUUUGAAGGGAUGGCGUCGCUAGGUGGCGUUGCUACCAAAAAACAGCGUGGCAACAAGGACACGCAUACAGAGACCAAAUCGGUGACUUCAAAGAUUUCGAAGAAAGCACUCAUGGCACCUGCGGUUGCUGCUGAUGCCAUUAGCCCAAAGAAAGCUUCUCAGUCGGCAAGCCGUGAAGCACGUGCUACAGCACGCCACGCCGAAGAGGUGAAACAACGUGCCCGCCGUCAGGAUGCCAGUAGGAACGAGGCCACUCGGCGCGCAGAGAUAGUCAAGAAGGCGGCCGAGAAGAAGAAAGCAGCUGCACGAAAACGUUUAACAUCUUCGAGGGCCAUGAAGCCCACCAAGGAGCCUUCGAAAGCUGUGGAACCGAAAGCUGCUCAAUCGAAAACACUUAAGAAAACCAAAGCUGAAAAGACUGCCAGCAAGCCCGCCAAGUCAGCUAGUCAGCCCGUAAUCAAAUCCGGUGUUGCUUCCAAGGCAUAUGAAAAGAAGCGUGAGAAAUUGACGAUGACAACCAAUCUCACUGCGGGUACGAGAUUGAGUCCUCGUCAGAAGAAGAUCAGUAACUUCUUCAAAGCAUUGAACAUCCUCAGGAAUACCGAGUCUGAGGAUGAAGAAGAGGAUUUUGUCAUGUCCGACACUGAUGACGAUGAGCCGACUCCAGGCUCCGACAAGACUGCGAACGAGCUCGCUGAGCAGCUGCAGAACGAGAUCAGAGCUUUACCAGUCCUCAAGACGUCCAAGACUGCAGCUCGUAAGAAUACUGCCAACCCUGCUAUAAAAAAGCGGACCUACAUAAAAAAGGUCAAAAUGAUCCAUUCGAGACUUCCGAAAUCUACAAAAGUCAUGAAAACUGCGAAGACGGCAAAGACGGGAAAGGUAUCGAAGGCCAAUGUCCGUCCUUCGAACAUCAUGCGGCCGCAUUGAUCAGGGUGUGCCAGGAACUCUACUGCUGCUGGUGAUAGCUCUCGCAUACAACCCUAGUCUUACAACCAGCAUUCAAACCUUUGCCUGCUGAACAAGCGGAGAGUGAUGACAGAAUCAUCUCUGCUUUGGCAUGUUCUACUUUAUUGGGGCUCAUAUCGGGCAUCUCGGCGUCAGGAAUGGGUUGUUCUCUCCAGCCUUGGAGCAUACAGGUGGAACGGCGUAGGGGGUACCGUGCAUACUUGGAGUCUGGGGAUGGAGUGGACCUUGUGUGACGAGUUUUUUUAGGCUUUUCUUGUCAAAGCUGCAUCGUCGCUGGGAGCAGGACACGAUGCAUUGUUUUGAUAUUCCAGCAGCAUAGCGUGGAAGUGGGCACUUGUGCUGAGCUCGUUCUUCCCUCGCUGCUAUGUGGACCUGGAAUGCAUCUAUAGCGUCUAUAUGUAUCUUGAUAGCAGGCUGAGGCCUCGCUAGUUGGGAAACAAUCCAUAUUGCGUAUACUUG